AUCAUGUGAUGAUACUAUGGAAACCUUACAACAUUAUAAUAGCCGGUGGAGGUCCAUUCAGAUAAUGUACCUUACAAUGUUCUUCAGCAGUGUUGGUUUUUCAAUAGUCAUUAUGUCAAUAUGGCCCUAUCUUCAACAGGUAGAUAAAACUGCAGAUGCAAGUUUCCUGGGCUGGAUUAUUGCUUCCUAUAGCAUUGGUCAAAUGAUAGCUUCCCCCUUCUUUGGAGCAUGGUCCAAUUAUAGGCCAAGGAAAGAACCUCUUGUAGUUUCAACUAGUAUUUCCGUGGCUGCUAACUGUCUCUAUGCCUAUGUCCAUUUACCUGCUUCACACAACAAAUACUACAUGGUGGUUGCUCGAGCUCUGGUGGGGUUUGGCGCAGGAAAUGUAGCAGUAGUUCGAUCCUAUGUCUCUGGUGCUACUUCUCUUACAGAAAGAACUGGUGCCAUGGCAAACACUAGCGCUUGCCAAGCAGUGGGAUUCAUACUGGGACCAGUUUUUCAGACCCUUUUUACUCUCAUUGGAGAAAAAGGAAUCACAUGGAAAGUCAUUCAUCUUCAGGUGAACAUGUAUACAGCACCAGUUUUAUUUGGAGCUCUCCUAGGAAUUAUUAACAUUAUUCUGAUAUUUGCUGUGUUUAGAGAACAUCAAAUGAAUGAUACAGGAAGACAAUACAGAAGCAUUAAUUUUGAAGCAGAAGAAAAUGUUGAGGCCGGGGAUGAUAGUCAAGGAAGCAUUGACCUUGUGGCUGUUGUAUCAACAAACAUUCUUUUCUUUGUCAUAUUAUUUAUCUUUGCAGUCUUUGAAACCAUAGCUACACCAUUGACAAUGGAUAUGUAUUCCUGGACCAGAAAAAAAGCAGUGUUUAUCAAUGGACUUAUCCUUGGAGCUAUUGGCAUUGAAUCAGUCUUUGCAUUUUUAGGAGUUAAAAUACUUUCCAAAAAGUAA